AUGGAAAAAAUUACUGACGCAUGCAAAGCCGGUGUCGAAAAAGUCAAAGAAGCUGUAUCCGGAUCCAGCAAGGAAGCUAACAAAGAAAUCGCCAAAGAUUCGAAUCUUAGUGUAGGCACUCGUGCUGAAGCUGCUGUCGACGCUGUCGGUGACAAAAUUGAUGAAACUAAACAUGCGGCUAAGUCUGAAGCACACAAACAACAAGCAAUUCAUUAA